AUGUGGAGACGUCUCCUCUCUUCAGAACCCCCUAGGGAUUUGCGGGUCCCAUCCGGCUUCUUUUCCUCUUCACUUUCCUCCAUCACUCUCCUGUCCUACCUGGCUCAGCAGGAAUCUUUCUUCUCCUUUCAGGUGUCCAAGUUCCUCUGCCCGUGUUCUGCAGGGCUCUCUGGGAAUUUUUCCACUUCAAGAUGUAUUCUUGAUGCUUUUGUGGAGAGAGAUGAACUCCACGUCUUCCGAAUCCUCUGCCAUCUUGACUCCUUCUAUCUCGCUGUGUUUUCUCACCACACCCAGGGUUUGAGGACCCAACAGCCAGGCUUAGAAGAUUUACUCCCAACAGCAAAGCUAGGAAUAUGUGAAAGAUUUCAUCUUGCACAUUUACAUUUAACCAAAGCCUGGGAAUCUAUGACGUCAUAUAAAGAGCGGAGAGCAUGUUGUGAUGGACACGACCAAGUUGGUAUAGUUUCCCAUAAAGUAAACAUUACCGCCGAAAGAAAUCAAGGAUGUGAAUCAAAUAAGGAAAACCCAAUUUCAGAUGACCAAUUUCAGUCAUCAACAUCUGCAGUUAAGUGUAUAUUUGUCAGCAAAGAUCCACAUCAUCUGUUGAAACAUACAUGUUCUCUAAAGGGAAAUGUGGAAAAUCUGGAAAGUCAUCUAUUCUCUACUGCAAAUACUCAUUCAAACCUACACUCUGAGCAUAGUUGUCUAUUAAAUAUACAUUCAAACAUGUCUGGAAAUCAGAAGCUUAAACAUGAGGGGGAAAAUUCCCAAUACAAUCAAUUUGAGGGAUCUUUUAACAAGGGUUUCUUGUUCUUGAACCAGCAACUAUUUUCUCCUUGUUCCAAAAUGUGUAAUGUUGAUAAUAAUGGGAGAGAACUUAUUCCACCAUCAUUGUUUAAUACACAUGGAGGUAUAAUUAGUGUGGAACAACUUUCCAAGUGUAACAAAAUGAGGAAUGCCUUAAGCAGGAGCUCUACCCCCAAUAAUUACAAGAGUACACAUGAUGGAAUGAGAAGCUCUUCAUGCAAUGAAACUGGGCAUAAUGUGGACCAAGACUCAUAUCUCAUGAAACAACAGGGACAUCAAGUUUCAGACAACAAUUCUAAACAUAAGUGUAGGAAUAUACUUUAUCCAAGCUCAAAUCUUACUAUUCAUACGUAUAAGUGUAUGGAUAUUGGAGAGAAGACUUAUGAUUGUUAUGAUUAUGGNGCCUUUGGUCACCACUCAAGUCUUAUUCAACACCAGCGAAUUCAUACUGGAGAGAAACCUUACAAAUGUAAAGAAUGUGGAAAAGCCUUUAUCAAGAACUCACAUCUUACUCAACAUCAGAGAAUCCAUACUGGAAGAAAAACCUAUAAAUGUAAGGAAAGUGGCAAAGGCUUUAAUCAGAGCUCUCACCUUACCAAACAUCAGAAAACACAUACUGGAGAGAAACUCUAGUAAUAAAGCAAGUGAUGGAAGAGGUUUGUCCUAAACAUACACUUCAGAAAAUACAGGACUAUUUAUUUAGAAAAGAUUAGAAAUUACAUAAAACAACGUAGGAAAGUAUUUAAUGAAAGUUAUAUCUAAAUAAAUACCAGAUAUUGCACACUAGAAAAAGUGAAAGUUGCUCAGCCGUGUCCAACUCUGCAACCCCAGGGACUGUGUCCAUGGAA